AUGACAGUAGAUGAGCUGGAUGUUAGUGGGUCUUUUCAAGGCUUAAUGAGAUCAUUGAAUUUGGAUAGUGAACAAUUUAAGGAAUAUGACGAUAUUGAUUUCGAAUCUCUUAAUUUCAUACAACUUUCACAUGUCAAGGAUGAGAUAGAAAACCAAUUAAAUAUAUUAUUUGACUUAUUGAGACACAAGUACAAUGCCGAUAUGGAUACUCCAUUAGUUACGCCUGAUGGAUUUCCAAGAAGUGAUCUUGAUGUGGUCACUAUUCGAUUACUACGAAUCCGAAUUAUUCGAUUGAGAAAUGAUGAUAGAAAAGUUAUACAUUUAUUAGAUGACAGGAUGGCCCAAGAGUUUGCUACUCGAAGAGAAAGCAACAUAGAGGCAGGAGAAGAAGAACUGACUACAUCCUCUACAUCAAGGUACCACAUUCCAUUUGCCCAAGUGAGAGAAGUAGUCUCUGGCGGACCUGCUUUCAAUUCAGGGUUGAAAGAGGGAGACCAAAUAAUUGUUUUUGAUGACGACAUUCAUGCUGCUAAUAAUAACAAGUUAGGCAGUUUAGUGUCAAGAGUUCGUUCGAAACAAAAUGAAGAAAUCAAAGUCGAUUUGAAACGAGGCGAAGAAAGAAUCACUUUGAAACUAAUUCCGUCGGAUAAUUGGGACGGACAAGGUUUAUUAGGAUGCCGUUUAAUACCUAUAUAG